AGUAUUGCGAAAUUCAGCAUUGAGAGCGCGAGAAAAGCUCAGAAACUUUCAGUUCCUUUGCAUUCUUCAGCACGAACAGUCGCUUUGGGCUGAAAAGCUCCCACAAACACCUCAAACCCCAUCCUAAAGCAAUUAAUUAAUUGCCUUGGCGCGAAUACCUGAGACACUCGGGAGGUGUUUAGUAGAUUUUCCGCAUUUUCCGCAAUUUAGGGAGAGACGAAGAAUGUGCGGGAAAAUGUGAUACUGCCUCAAGUGGUUAUGGGAAAGAAUUUAAUGCAGUGCUAGUGAUCGGAGGAUGGGAACAUUUCUUCACGGAUACGAUCAUCCGGUACUGUGGUCUGAGGAGAAACGUCGUUUGGAGCAGAAGAGAAUUGCUGAGGAGAGUCUGAAGAUUGUCAAGCAGCGGAAGGAGCAGCAAUUUAGGCAGAAAAUCCAAGAGAGAGAGCAAUACAAACAAAUGAUUGAGAAGCACUGUCCAUGGGGAAGACCAGGUGGUGGUGCCCCAAAUGACAAUAUUCGUAUGACGAACAUCACAAAAGAGGGUCUCUUUCCUGAAGCCAUAAAUACUGUUCGAAACUACGUUCCCCCUCCACCAAUGCCAAAGAUUCGUGGUGGUGGUGGUGGAGCCCCAAUCCGUAGUAAUUCGGGGCGCUUGAUUACAACCUUUAGGGAUGAUCCAUCGAUAACGUUUAAGGAUCAAACGAGAAAUAUCGUAGAUAUUGAAUUGAGGUACAAAACAUCUCCUAAAGUAAAGAAAACCUAUAAAAUGGAACUAGAUAAGAUCGUGGCUGAGAAGGAGCGUAGAAAACAAGAGAACUGUGCUUGCGAUAAGACCACAGUAGAUCCUUGGGGUAAGGCUGGUCCAGGAGGAACUCCAUGGCGUCCGCCAAAUGCCAUAGGAUGCUCUUUUAUGGAAUCAAUGGGAUGGACAGAUACUAAACUCCUGCAAAAGAUGGAUUCAGAGACACAUUCAGCCUAUACAAAUCCCAAUAUUAAAGUUAAGGUCACUCCUCCGUCCGUAGAAGAGAAACUUGUAUUUCCGUUCCAGGUGAAGCACAUUAAAGAAGAGGCUAGGAAACCUCAUCCGACUUGCUGCAUGAUGUGCAACUGCCUCUGUGUUAAGGAUGGUAAGAAUAGACAUGUACCACCUCCUCCACCACCACCACCACCACCUAUGUCGAACCCUGUCCCGAGGAGAAUUCGUCGGGAAUGUGACAAACUCACUCCUAAGGUCACGGAGGUUAAGCCUAAGAAUACAAAGCCUAAGAGGAAUGGGAAGGAUCUUCGGACUAGAUCAUAUAUGAUUUCGGGAGGCGUUGAGUUAGUGCCUUUGUUGGCCAAGAGAAGGGCCCAGGAGCGUCCUAUUAGCCUUUCCUCGACUGAUGUUACAAAGUAUAAGGAGGCUCGUCAGUGGGAGAACUACAGCAUUCAGUAUCUCAAUGAUCUGUGCCGUCAGAUGGAUAGGAAGCAGAAAGCAUUUGAGAAAAGCAAGCAACUGGAGAUGGAGACAAGUAGACGGCACUAUGAGACAUGGACCAGUUUCUGGGGUCGUCCAGGACACGGAGCACCGCGUGACAUUAAGAACAAACUCAAUUUAGACGAUUUGCUUUACAAACUUCCCCUAACUAAAGCAAAUUAGUCCUAAAGUAGCGUCCAUUAGAAUUGUUUUAGUCCUAGAAAGAGCAAUUUCGUUUUAGUUAGGACACGAUGAGAGUUAUCUAUUUAUUGUUGAUGAUGAAUCUAAUGGUAGUAACAUUUACUGACUUAGUACUUGAGAUUAAGCAGAUUAAAUGAUACUAUUUCACUGUUA